UCAAGCGUGGAUGGAUCAGAGAGAACCACGGAUCUAUUCCUCCCACACCGGCUUCACUCCACGCGUCUGGUUUUAUUGAGAGUCGAGUUGAGACUGAGCAAAGACCCUGCAUACAGUCCGAGCGGCUCAGGCGUGCUCAGAAAUCCUGGAGCCUUAUUUAAUUACUAAGUAAAUGCCCUGACGGGUAAAGGCCAGCCAAGAGCACUCGGGCGCGCGCAAGGGUCACGGCUAGGCUGAGUGGUGCCAGCACCCGCAGCGCAGAAGUCUGGCUGCAGCAGCAGGGUCUGUGUCGCUAGCUGCCCGCUGAGAUCUGAGGAGCAGAUUGUUGGGAUCGCUCAGGGCUCAAAGACUGGUGGAAAUCCGAUGGGAAAGCCCCGGACGUGACGGCUUUGCGCGGCCCCGAGCACCCCCCUUCCCAUCCGUCAUCCCCCUGCGCGCUCUCCUGGUCCACCGUUCCCUCCUACCCGGUGGAUUGCAGACUGGGUACAAGUAAACAGCUGGCGGAGCGAAGCCUCCAGACCCAGGCCAGGUGGGAGUUCCCACUCUCCGUGGGGCCUGGGCUGCUGCUCCGGGGCCCUUGCAGAACCCGGAGUUGUGCAAGGCCGAGGUAGGAGCAUGCCGGGGCUAUGGAGGCAGAGGCUUCCUUCGGCGUGGGCUUUGCUCCUCCUGCCAUUCCUGCGGCUGCUGAUGCCCGCAGCUCCCGCACCCCACCGCGGGUCCUACAAGCCAGUGAUCGUGGUGCACGGGCUCUUUGACAGUUCAUACAGCUUCCGCCACCUGCUGGACUACAUCAACGAGACACACCCCGGGACUGUGGUGACAGUGCUUGAUCUCUUCGAUGGCAGAGAGAGCUUGCGGCCCUUGUGGGAGCAGGUGCAAGGGUUCCGAGAGGCUGUUGGCCCCAUCAUGGAGAAGGCCGCUGAAGGGGUACAUCUCAUCUGCUACUCCCAGGGGGGCCUGGUGUGCCGGGCGUUGCUGUCUGUCAUGGAUGAACACAACGUGGAUUCUUUCAUCUCGCUGUCCUCUCCACAGAUGGGGCAGUAUGGAGACACGGACUACUUGAAGUGGCUCUUCCCGACAUCCAUGCGGUCUAACCUCUAUCGGAUCUGCUAUAGUCCUUGGGGCCAGGAGUUUUCCAUCUGCAACUACUGGCAUGAUCCUCACCACGACGACCUGUACCUCAAUGCCAGUAGCUUCCUGGCCCUCAUCAAAGGGGAAAGAGACCAUCCCAAUGCCACUGCGUGGCGGAAGAACUUCCUCCGCGUGGGCCGUCUGGUGCUGAUUGGGGGUCCUGACGACGGAGUCAUCACCCCUUGGCAGUCUAGCUUCUUUGGUUUCUAUGACGCCAACGAGACGGUCUUGGAGAUGGAGGAGCAGCCGGUUUAUUUGCGAGACUCCUUUGGGUUGAAGACUCUCUUGGCCCGGGGGGCCAUAGUGAGGUGUCCCAUGGCUGGGAUCUCUCAUACCACCUGGCACUCCAACCGCACUCUCUAUGAUACUUGCAUCGAACCAUGGCUCUCCUGAAGAUGCCCUCAGGAAUCCCCCGGCCCAGAGACCAAGUGGUGGCCUUGGGAAACAGAUGCCAGGCUUCCACACUGCCCCACCCCACCAGGGCUCCCUGAAUUCUCCCCUGCCUCCUCUGUGAAUGACAAGUCCUGGUCCCCUACCUCAUGUCCUCUUCUGGGGAUGUCUCCACACUCUCCCUUUCUCCCACGGCUGAGGUUGGGAAGCGAGCACCAGGUUUUUAACUGGCUUCACUGCGGCUGCUGCUCCUCCGGGUCUGGCUGUACCGGAGGAGAACCCAGCCCCUGCCCACCACAGGGGCCCUUCCAGGCCACUCAGGACAUUUUUAGCUUCUGUUUAGUGUCCCCCUUUUCUCAACUUCCCUGUCGCCAGCCUCCCCACCAAGAGGGACGCCCGUGAGGGGUUCUGAGGUUCCCCUAUGGGGACAGUUCACUUUUGAAGUGUCAGUGUUGGGGAAUAUCUGUGGCCUGCAAGGCCCAUCUCAGGUUUGGGGAUCCCCCAGUCCCUAUGAUCAGUGUUGGGGUAUCCCCUGGGAGCCUAGGUUCUUUGAGGCCCCAGCCCCUCUUUUAACGACCCCUGAGUUCCCUGUAUUUAUAAAAAUAAAGUUCCCUUUCCUCA